AUGGAGGUUCUGCCGACUUUCUGGAGAAAAAUGGCACGAACUUCUGACUAUCUGCAGCUAGUUGGAUUACAUUGGUCACAAGGAAAGUCAUGGAAUAGAGAAAAGGACGAUAUAGUUGGAGCGGUGAAAGUGCCGGGUAUCAGUGGAGAUACAUAUGUUCAUAUUCCAGCUGUAACUGGUAGUCACAGGAAAAUGAGAUUAAUCGGAAAAGGAAAGAAACGACUGCAUUCGAUAGGCCAUGGUGAACAAAUUCGCUUGAAGGAACAAUCUCUCAAGUACUUCUUCAGUUUCCUGUUAAUGUGCCCCACGAAUAUUCAUGGAUGA